AUGGCGUGUGCAUGGGAUUUCCAGUUCCGUGUGCUACUGCUUGGGGAUUCUGGCGUUGGAAAAACCUCUUUGCUGCGCUGGUACACAGAUGGAGAGUUCUCAAGCAGCACAGGGCAAACCGUAGGAGUGGAUUUCUGCUCUCGGGUAGAAGAGCCAGAGGACGGUGUUAAAGUCCGACUACAGUUCUGGGACACUGCAGGCCAAGAGCGAUAUCGGGCAGUAACACGGUCCUAUUACAGGAACGCAUCUGCUGUUAUUCUCCUCUUCGACCUUACUGCGCGUCCAUCUUUUGAUAAUAUCUUGAACUGGUACCAGGAAGUAAUAGAGAGAACGAGACCUGAGCCCCUAAUUUAUUUGUUACUGGGAACUAAAAGUGACUUACGGGCCCAGCGCACGGUUACAAGAGAGGAGGGUCAGACGCUGGCAGAUACCCUUAAAGCUCCAUACCUAGAGACAUCUGCACGGACGGGUAGCAACAUCACAGCUGCACUCUCUCUUCUGUGCAGAGAGCUGCUCAAAAUGGCCCGGCAAGAGAAAACACAAGGGGAGCGCUGGAAAGGUAGAUGUACUACUGUACCGGAGGCUCAGCACACGCAGAAGAGGACAUGUGCCUGCUAA